UUUACAAGUUCUAUUACCAUCAGAAUUUUAGAUUAUUAAAAUGAAAAAAGCUAAAUUAGGUGUCCAAGCUGGGCGAUGUCGGUUACGAAGUAAAACAAGUUGUUUGGGCCACGGUAGUUGCAUUGUGUACUUAAUGCGUAGGGAUAUUCGCGUGCAGGACAACUGGAGUUUGUUGAGAUGUCAGGAAGAACCUCUUCCAGUGCGAGUUGCACACGUGCUCGAACAGCCUCACCAAUCCUUCCGACUUGCUUGGUUUUACAGUAGAGGCUUAGAAGAAGUGCAACAUGAUUUAAAAAAAUGCAAUAUAAAUAUGGAUGUCCUGGAAAGUUCUGAUACUUUGCGCUCUUAUUUACAGGACGUUUCAGCAGCUGGUAUUGUGGCUGACUUAAAUUCUUUAAGAGAGUUUGAUUUGGAUCAUGUCAUUGAUUUUUGUGACGAGAUCGCUAUUCCCUUGUGGGAAGUUGACAGCCACAAUAUCGUCCCUGUUUGGGUUGUCUCUGAUAAGCAAGAAUAUAGUGCUCGAACUAUCCGACCGAAAAUCAAUAAUAAACUAAAAGAAUGGCUAACAGAAUUCCCGAAAGUAUCCUCCAAUCAGAAAGCCUUAAAACCUAUAUAUUCAGAAUUUAAUGCUGUGGACUUUCUCGAUAAGAAAUGGGGAAGAUCUGCAGACCCUAGCGUACUCUUUGUCCCUGGCAGUAUUGCGGGCAGACAUGCUCUUGAAAAGUUCCUCAGCGUGUCUGAUAAAUUUGAGAAGUACCGCAACGAUCCUACUCAAGACGCCACAUCUGGCUUAUCGCCAUGGUUACGUCAUGGUCAUCUUAGCAAACAACGUGUAGCACUGGAGAUAAAAAAAAGUAGCGGCUCUAAUACAAGUUUUUUGGAAGAGUUGAUUGUACGUGGUGAAUUAGCCGAGAAUUACACUUUUUAUAACCCUAAUUAUGACAAUCUAAAAGGUGCUCCCAAUUUUGGACUGAAGACAUUAACCGCACAUGCUAACGAUGAGAGGGAGUAUGUGUAUUCGUACGAUGAAUUUGUGAAUGGUAAGACACACGAUAAUCUUUGGAAUGCCGCCCAAUUCCAGCUGGUUCGUCAGGGUAAAAUGCAUGGUUUCAUGAGAAUGUAUUGGGCGAAAAAGAUCUUGGAAUGGUCAGCCUCUCCCGAGGAAGCUUUAAUGAUUGCGAUUAAACUCAAUGAUACAUACGCAAUGGAUGGACGUGACCCACGUGGGUAUGUUGGUAUCAUGUGGAGUAUAACAGGUCUUCAUGAUCAAGGAUGGAGAGAGAGAUCUGUGUUUGGUAAAGUGAGGUACAUGAAUUAUGCAGGAUGUAAAAGAAAAUUCGAUGUUGAUGCUUACAUUCUGAAGAACGCCAAAAUACUAUAAAAACAGAUAAUUCUUUGCGAGAUGUGAUAGAUCGUGGAAUGGAUUUCAAAUAAACAAGCAACUUCUUUUUUUGUAAAUCUUUUUUUUGUUUUUGUCUGUGUCACGUUAAUCUUAUAUCUCUGUAUUAAUAAUA